ACAUCCUGAUAGCAAUUCUAAGAAAAACAGCAAUUGUCUUCUGAAAUACCCUUUUGUGGCGGAAAAGCCGAUGGCUGCUGCAGGGGCGGCGGGGGGCUGUGGACGAAUGUUGGAAGAAGACCGGGAUCAGACCUAUGAGAAUGUCCUGGCUGAGAUUCAGUCUUUCGAGCUGCCCAUCGAAGCGACUUUAAGGUCUGUGUAUGAUGACCAGCCAAAUGCACACAUGAGGUUUAUGGAGAAGUUGGAGGCCUGUAUUCGUAAUCAUGACAAGGAAAUUGAGAAGAUGUGCAAUUUUCAUCAUCAAGGUUUUGUCGAUGCCAUCACGGAGCUACUUAAAGUCAGGACUGAUGCAGAGAAACUGAAGGUGCAAGUUACUGAUACCAACCGAAGGUUUCAAGAUGCUGGGAAAGAGGUGGUAGUGCAAACAGAAGAUAUUAUUCGCUGUAGAAUUCAGCAGAGGAAUAUUACAACAGUAGUAGAAAAAUUGCAAUUAUGCCUUCCAGUGUUGGAAAUGUACAGUAAGCUCAAAGAACAAAUGAGUGCAAAAAGGUAUUACUCUGCUCUAAAAACAAUGGAACAAUUAGAGAAUGUGUACUUCCCUCGAGUUAGUCAAUACCGGUUUUGUCAGCUAAUGAUAGAAAAUCUUCCUAAACUCCGUGAAAAUAUUAAAGAAAUCUCCAUGUCUGAUCUCAAAGACUUUUUGGAAAGUAUUCGAAAACAUUCUGACAAAAUAGGUGAAACUGCUAUGAAACAGGCACAGCAGCAGAAAACUUUCAGUGUGGCUUUGCAGAAACAAAAUAAUGUAAAAUUUGGGAAGAAUAUAUAUAUAAAUGAUAGAAUUUCAGAACAGAGGCAUGAAACUUUAUUAAAGCAUGCACUUGAGGAAGAGGAUGAGAAUGAAGAAGAGGUUUUAACUGUUCAGGAGCUUGUUGAUUUCUCCCCUGUUUACCGAUGUUUGCACAUUUAUUCUGCUUUGGGCAAUGAGGAAACAUUUGAAAAUUAUUACCGAAAACAAAGAAAGAAGCAGGCAAGACUGGUUUUGCAACCCCAAUCAAAUAUGCAUGAAACAGUUGAUGGCUAUAGAAGAUAUUUCACUCAAAUUGUAGGGUUCUUUGUGGUGGAAGAUCAUAUUUUACACGUGACCCAAGGACUGGUCACCAGGGCAUACACUGAUGAACUUUGGAACAUGGCCCUCUCAAAGAUAAUUGCUGUCCUUAGAGCUCACUCAUCUUAUUGCACAGACCCUGAUCUUGUUUUGGAGCUGAAGAAUCUCAUUGUAAUAUUUGCAGAUACCCUGCAGGGUUAUGGUUUUCCAGUGAACCGACUUUUUGACCUUUUAUUUGAAAUAAGAGAUCAAUACAGUGAAACACUGCUUAAGAAAUGGGCUGGAGUUUUCAGGGAUAUUUUUGAAGAAGAUAACUAUAGCCCCAUCCCUGUUGCUAAUGAAGAAGAAUAUAAAAUAAUCAUCAGUAAAUUUCCCUUUCAGGAUCCAGAUCUUGAAAAGCAAUCUUUCCCAAAGAAAUUCCCCAUGUCUCAGUCAGUGCCUCAUAUUUACAUUCAAGUUAAAGAAUUUAUUUAUGCCAGCCUUAAAUUUUCAGAGUCACUACACCGGAGUUCAACAGAAAUAGAUGAUAUGCUUAGAAAAUCAACAAAUCUGCUGCUGACCAGAACUUUGAGUAGCUGUUUACUGAACCUUAUUAGGAAACCUCACAUAGGUUUGACAGAGCUAGUGCAAAUCAUCAUAAACACAACACACUUGGAACAAGCUUGUAAAUACCUUGAGGACUUUAUAACAAACAUUACAAAUAUUUCUCAGGAAACUGUUCAUACCACGAGACUUUAUGGACUUUCUACCUUUAAGGAUGCCCGACAUGCAGCUGAAGGGGAAAUAUAUACCAAACUUAAUCAGAAGAUUGAUGAAUUUGUUCAACUUGCCGAUUAUGACUGGACCAUGUCUGAGCCCAAUGGAAGAGCUAGUGGAUAUUUAAUGGAUCUCAUUAAUUUUUUGAGAAGCAUCUUUCAAGUGUUCACUCAUUUACCUGGGAAAGUUGCCCAGACAGCUUGCAUGUCAGCCUGCCAGCAUCUGUCAACAGCCUUAAUGCAGAUGCUACUGGACAGUGAGUUAAAACAGAUAAGCAUGGGAGCUGUUCAGCAGUUUAACUUAGAUGUCAUACAGUGUGAACUGUUUGCCAGCUCUGAGCCCGUCCCAGGAUUCCAAGGGGACACCCUGCAGCUAGCGUUCAUCGACCUCAGACAACUCCUAGACCUGUUUAUGGUUUGGGAUUGGUCCACUUAUCUAGCUGAUUACGGACAGCCUGCUUCAAAGUACCUCCGAGUGAACCCAAACACAGCGCUUACUCUUCUGGAGAAAGUCCAUAGAGGGAUAAAGGAUACUAACAAAAAGAACAAUAUAUUUGCUCAGUUCAGGAAGAAUGAUCGAGACAAGCAAAAGUUGAUAGAGACUGUUGUGAAACAGCUGCGCAGUUUGGUGAAUGGGAUGUCCCAGCACACCUAGACUUCCCACGGCUGCAUUCAUUCAGGGAUGCCCAAUUCACGAGUCCACACCGAUCACUAACAAGCACUAGCCAUGAUGCAGAUGCCUCUUUGCCGAAUUCAAGAAUACAACAGAGAACGGAUGCCGGUGAGGGCUGAAACAAGAACCAGUAAUAAAUAUCCUUUGUAUGAAUUUUUAAAUAAUUGGAUACUAUUUUAUAUGUAUAUAUGUAAUGUGAUUUUUUUUCACUUUGGGGGGGGAUGGCAAAACUAAUAUAUAAAUCAGGUCAAAAAGUAUAUAUGAAAAUUGACUGUCAAAAAAAUAAAGAAAAUUGACUGUCAACAUAUUAGAUGUAUGCCUCUACCUAUAAUUUGUCCUUGGGCUCUGGGCAUUGUUUGGCUUUCUGUUUCAAUUUGAAAGAUGGUUUUUGUCAUCAGUGUCUGGCUCUGGAAUGUAGCUGUUGUCUGUUGCAGGAAUGUUACUCCCUGUCACUUUCUGACUUUCCGCUUUUUUUACCCUCCACUUCAAUUCAAAGCUCUAAAAUUUCAAAUUUCCCUGAGUCUGAUGAGGUAAUAGACACCUCCUUAAAAUGCCCAAAAUCAAAUGAUGUGACUCAGGCAGAGUCCUCGUGGGUGGGUGCAUGUCAGCCUUCUGAAUAUGAAGGGAAGGUGGCUGGCUCCAGACUGCAGCGCUGUUUCUGUUCUUUUUUUUUUUUUUUAAUCGUUUUAUUAGGGGCUCAUACAACUGUUUCUGUUCUAUUAGUGAUGUUUGCAGCUGACCCCACUCUAAGCUUUGUCUGGUUGGUUUGGUUCAACUUAAAGGCGAGGACAAAGGUGAACUGGGGCAAAUUUGAAGCCGGGGUGGAGGUGGCUGUGUCUCCACACACAGGAGUCAGCACAGGCCAGUUACUUUCUUCUGCGAGCCCGUCUCCGUUCUGUGCCCUCACUGUGGAAGCAAGCCAAGCUCAAAGAACUCUGGCAAACUGAAAACAAGCGACCGUUUUCCUUUGAAUAAGUUUCACAUCCCUAUCUUCUCACCACUAUAUUUAUGCUUACUCCCUUGGCAUUUUCAGGAUUUCUGCCUGUAAGAAACUCAUACUUGAUGUUGUAUAAUAAGUGUAAGGAAUCUUCUGUAUAUUUCUUGACUUUGUGAUGGAGUAUUAAAAAGACUGAGCAAA